GUGAAAUUUCUUUACGGUCUACACUAACAAAAUUUUGUGAUAAGUUCUCAACAAAUUAUUACCAAUAGUUUUUACAAAAGAUUUACUAAUAUUAAUAUUUACAAUGUCUACAAACGGUGAUAUUAAAAAUCCGAAUGAAAAUUUAAAUAUACCAGAAUGGAUCUGCGCUGAACACUUCAAAGCUUUAUGGGAGAAAGAUGUGCCUGAUUAUGUUAAAGUGUUAAAAUUUACGCCCGUAGCAGCGAUACCCCCCGGUGAAAACUUCACCUCAGUAAUGAUAAGACUCUAUGUGGACUUCGAAUUAAAGGAUGGUACUACAAAACAAAAGAGUUAUGUGCUCAAAACUAUGUUAGAUGAAGAUAAAGGCGGACGUGAAAUAAAUCGAAUGAGUCUCUUUCCCAAGGAAAAGAUAAUGUAUGAAAAAUAUUUACCAGCAUUUGAAGCACUUUAUGUUGCAGCUGGAAAAAAGGUGCAGUUGGCACCACAAUGUCUCUUUAUAGAAAAUUUAGAUGAACGUAUUAAUCUAGUAUUUGAAGAUCUGAAACCAAGAGGUUAUCAGAAUGUAGAUCGAUUGAAAGGUUUCGAUAUGGCACACAUGAAACGUGUAUUAGAAAGAUUAGCUGAAUUACAUGCAGUUUCCGCGGUGUAUGCGCAGAAGCAUGGACCAUAUCCAACAGAUUUCCAGUACAGUUUUUUUAAUGCCGAUAAAAUAAAUGAAGAUAUGAAGUUUAUGUACACAAAUAAAGUUACAACUUAUAAAGCAGCAAUGGCAAAAUGGGGUUUAGAAAAUGCUCAAAAUUAUAUUGAUAAAAUACCCACCUUUGAGCAAUUUACU